AAUUUUUAGAAGACUAGUGUGAAAAUUCAGGAUUUCGUAGUCGGUGGUUCUAGUUCAUUUCUCUCAAGGAUCAGAGACUCUCUUCCCCGUUCUUUUCGCGCGCGAGUGAGAAGAGACCAAAUCGUGCGGAUAUGGCUUCAGAGGAACGGGUGAAGGCCUCUCACAUCCUCAUAAAGCACGAAGGCUCGAGGAGGAAGGCGUCGUGGAAGGAUCCCGAUGGUCGCGUGAUCAGUACUACCUCCAGAGAUGAAGCCGCCGCUCAACUGACGGAUCUUCGGGAGAAGAUCGUCUCCGGCCAGGCCCAGUUCGAUGAGAUCGCUUCACGUUACUCUGAUUGCAGCUCAGCUAAGCGCGGCGGUGACCUAGGUCGUUUUGGAAGAGGGCAGAUGCAGAAGCCUUUCGAGGAAGCGGCUUUUGGUCUGGAAGUCGGAGAGAUAAGCGGCAUCGUGGAUACAGACAGCGGCGUGCAUAUCAUCAAGAGGACUGCCUGACUCUGAUGUGAUGGCCUAAACUUUGAUUCAAAAAACCUCCAGAUUGCAUUUCUCUCUGCCUAUUUUGUGUUUCAAACAAUGAUAAUUUGAAGCAGCUGUGACUUUUAUUUAGGCUUUGCUCA